AUGGCGAGCACAACCCGCCCCUCUGUUUUUGAAGCGCCUCGAAAAUCGUCGCGUCAUCUAGUGCCGGUGACGCUGUCCCUCCUCCUCCUCGUGACCCUCGCGCACUUCGCGGCGCCAAUUGCGGCCAACAACUGCCCUUCGUUCCGCCCAAUCGGCGUCGACUGCCCUCCCGCCACGUCAGCAACAUCCGCAAAUCCCGCAUGCAAAUCGAAGGCCUAUUUGGGCCGAUUCGCCGUGCAGGGCUCGAAGCGCUUCCGCCUCCCCGCGCUCCCCAACGGCUUUCCGCUUCCGCCGGGCGCGCUCUCCGCGGACUGCUGCGCGGAGUGCCAGCAGCGCGCCGAUUGCGCCUACUGGAACAUCUUGCUCCGCACCCGCCGCUGCCUGCUCUUCGCUGCUGACGUGUGCGCCGCUGACGGGCCGGCGGUGUUUCUUCCCGGCGACGAGCACGCCUUCGUCGGGACUCGGUACUGCAACGCAACGACGUCUGUAACGCGUACAGCUGCCAGCACCGCUGAUACCACACAAGACGGCAGUACACCCUCCGAGAGCGCGUUCUCCUUUCUCGAAGAGGCUACUGACGAGGAUGAGCAGGAGGCGGCGGAGGGGCAGGCGGAGGAGAGGGCGGAAGCGGAGGAGGAGCAUGAUGCGCAUGUGAUGGGCGUGUUCGAAGGGGACAUGGCGAGAAUGCAAGCGGAGGAGGUGGAAGAGUUGAAUAUCGUGGAAGCUGCGUCUCAGACGGAGCAGCAGCAGGAGGAGGCGUAUCAAAACAACCCUGAGGCCAUGGCGGCUUUAGAGCUGGAAGCGAUGCAAGGCGAGGAGCAGAUGGAGAAGAAACAGCCGCAGCAGCAACAGCUGCAGGAGCAGAACGAACAGCAGGAGCAGCCACAUAGCGUCGAAGUCUUUGAGCUUUUUGAGCUGCAGCAGGAGAACCCUGAGCCGUUUCAGGAGAAUUCUCAGGUGAUGCAGCAGAUUGAGGGGGAGGGCGUGGCAGUGCAGCAGGCAGGAGAGGGCUCCACCAUCCAAGGCAUGGAAGCCUUUGAGGAGGGCGAGGAAGAAGAGAAGGAAGAGGAGAGAGAGAAGGAAGAGGCAGCUCGGGCUGCGGCGGUGAAAGAGAUGGAGGAGGAGGAGAUUCCCAUCCGCCUCGUGUCCUUCUCCCUUGUCGACCCCAGCUCUCAAGUCUCAAGCCAAGCUGCAGCCAUGGAAGCAGAGGAGGCAGAGAGAAAAAGCGACGAGGAGGCGAAGACAGACACAGACGCCGAGCAGGCUGCCUGGAGGGACCUGGAGCAGCAGGAAAUUCCGGUGCAGCUGACCUCAUAUGAGAUGGUGGACGCUGAUUCUCUUGCCGCAAUCCAAGCAGCGGCAGUCGAAGAGGAAGAGGCGGAGAGGCAGACAGACGCCACUGCAGCGGCUCUGAAAGACCUGGAGGAGCAAGAAAUCCCUGUGAGGCUAACCUCUUAUGAGAUGGUGGAUGCCGCACAACCCCCACCUUUCUCUGGUGCCCUCGUAACUCCCCCACUCUCCCACUCCCCCACUCUCGCACUCCCCCACUCCCCCACUCACCCACUCCCCCACUCCCCCAACAACACCUUCCUGACUGGAGUCCCAUCUCACCCACCUCAUCCAACUCCUCCUCCUCUUGACCCCCAGUCCCUGCAAGCCUGCUUCCCACCCCUGUGCCUGCCUCCCUACUCCAUACUCGGCCCCCCUUCCUUGCCACCAAACAACACCCUCCUGACGGGCGUCCUCAUCUCACCCACCUCGUCCAACUCCUCCCCCCCCCGCCCUCGCCCCUGCAAGCUGCUCCCACCCCGGUGCCUGCCUCCCUACUCCAUACUCGGCCCCCCUUCCUUGCCACCAAACAGCACCCUCCUGACGGGCGUCCUCAUCUCACCCACCUCGUCCAACUCCUCCCCCCCCCGCCCUCGCCCCUGCAAGCUGCUCCCACCCCGGUGCCUGCCUCCCUACUCCAUACUCGGCCCCCCUUCCUUGCCACCAAACAGCACCCUCCUGACGGGCGUCCUCAUCUCACCCACCUCGUCCAACUCCUCCCCCCCCCGCCCUCGCCCCUGCAAGCUGCUCCCACCCCGGUGCCUGCCUCCCUACUCCAUACUCGGCCCCCCUUCCUUGCCACCAAACAGCACCCUCCUGACGGGCGUCCUCAUCUCACCCACCUCGUCCAACUCCUCCCCCCCCCGCCCUCGCCCCUGCAAGCUGCUCCCACCCCGGUGCCUGCCUUCCUACUCCGUACUCGGCCCCCCUUCCUUGCCACCAAACUGCACCCUCCUGACCGGGGUCCUCAUCUCUCCCACCUCCUCCUCCUCCUCCGCCCUCGCCCCGGCCAGCUGCUUCCCACCCCAUACCGGCCCCUCCUCACUCCGUACUCAGGCCCCCUUUCCUUGCGAAACAGCACCCUCCAGACCGGGGUCCUCAUCUCACCCACCUCAUCCAACUCCUCCUCCUCCGCCCUCGCCCCGGCCAGCUGCUUCCCACCCAAUACCAACCCCUCCUCACUCCGUACUCGGCCCCCCUUCCUUGCCAAACUGCAGCCUCCUGACCGGCGUCCUCAUCUCGCUGACCUCAUCCAGCUCCUCCUCCUCCGCCCUCGCCCCUGCCAGCUGCUUCCAGUGCGAUAUCCGGCUCUUGAGCCACUGCACCUCCUUGUUCGCCACGUUCUUUGACGCUUCAUUCACAAUCGACCUCACCCGCAUGGCAUAG